AUGAAGGUUUUUGAGAGUGUUCUGGAAGCUCGUCUGAGGAAAAUUGUUAGCGUUUCACUCAACCAGUGCGGUUUUGUGAAGGACUGCAGCACCAUAGAUGCUAUCCAUGCUGUCCGAAUCCUCCUGGAGAAACAUCGAGAGAAGAACCGCAGUGUGCAUCUUGCUUUUCUCGAUCUCGAGAAAGCUUUCGACCGUGUUCCACAUGAGCUGUUAUGGAUGUCCAUGAGGUCGCAUAGAGUACCAGAUGAAUAUGUGCGGUGGACGAAGCUACUUUAUGCGAAGCCUACCAGCGUUGUACGAUGUGCUGCUGUAACAAGCAGGCCAUUUCCUGUACAAGUAGGGGUUCAUCAGGGUUCAUCCCUCUCACCUCUGCUGUUCAUACUGUGCAUGGACACGAUAACGAAGGAAAUCCAGAAGCAGCAUCCGUGGACUCUACUCUUUGCCGACCGGAAGGAUCAGCUGCAGCAAUAUGGAUUGCGCUUCAACACAUCAAAAACUGAGUACAUGGAGUGCGGACCAAGGAUAGAGGAUGGUUCAAUUCGUGUUGAUGGCACCGAAUUAAACAAGGUGAACUGCUUCAAGUACCUUGGAUCCAAAGUGACUUCCACAGGCGACAUUGAUCAAGAAGGUCGAGCACGUGUUAAUGCUGCAUGGAUGAAAUGGAAAAUGGCAACAGGGGUACUGUGCGACAAGAAAGCCCCUUUUCGACUAAAGUAA